GAGGCAGGAAUACACUUUGGAUGAGUUCUGCAAUUAACAACAAGCAGUAAUCUAAUGCAGUAGGCAUACUCACUGUUUGCUGGUAAUAAACUCUGUGUGGUUUGGGCUUGUCUAGGAGUUUCAGCAGCUCUUGAAUGUGAUUUUAAUCAUGAAAAGGUGCAUCUAAUGGCGUGAGAUGUGCCAUGUCAAUUUGGAAGCAUAUUUUGUUGUGAGAUGGUGGGAAAACUUUUAUAUUAGGCAUCUCUGGAAAAGGGUGUAGAUCUAGAAACAGAUUAUAACUUUCAUAUCACAUUAUGUAAGGUCUUUCGUCCUCUAAGAAAGCUAUAUUUUUACAACCUCAAUUCCAAAAAACGGUGGGACACUGUGUAAAAUGUAAAUAAAAAUAGAAUGCAAUGAUUUGCAAAUCUCAUAAACCCAUAUGUUAUUCACAAUAGAACAUAGAAAAUAUAACAUAUCGAAUGUUUAAACAGAGGAAAGGUACCAUUUUAAGAAAAAAAAAAAAGGUAAUUUUGAAUUUGAUGGUUGCAACACGUCUCAAAAAAGUUGGGACUGGGCAACAGAAGGCUGUAAAAGUAAAAAGAAACAGCUGGGGGAACAUCUUUCAACUAAUUAGGUUAAUUGGCAACAGGUCAGUAACAUGAUUGGUAUAAAAAGAGUAUCUGAGAUAGGCAGAGUCUCUCAGAAGUAAAGAUGGGGUGGGAAUCUGGAUGGAAGCAUAUGUUGCUCUAAAACCUUUUAGAGCAACUUUUUUUUUUCCUUUUUUUUUUAGAGAACCUUUUUUUUUUGUUUUAAGUAAACAUUAGAUUAUCUAAUCAAGUUUGACCAUAUAUUUAGUAAAGCUUGGACUAUGUGUUGCUGUUAUUUUUAAAAUGGCAUUGUCAUAUGACCACCAUGACUCCCCUCUCUUUUUUUUUUCCAGGUGAAUCUCCUUGAAUGGGAAAUUCCUCUUGACUUUUUCUGACCCACCUGACCCCACUGUUCCGUCCCACUCCAUCUCUGCCUGCCAUAAGGUCCCCCACGUGAUCAUCAUGACCUCCAUGGCACAGCUGCUGGCCUCUAAGCUCGCCCCACUGUCUCAGGUUGGGAGCAGAGACAGUCUUUUUAGUUGUGACGAGGAGAUCGAGCGGCGCUAUGAAGUUGUCCCUUCUGUUGUCUGCUCCAUGUGCUGCCUCUUCGGCAUCAUCUAUUGCUUCUUUGGCUACCGCUGUUUUAAGGCUGUAAUGUUCCUCACUGGCCUGAUGUUUGGCUCCAUCAUCAUCUUCAUGCUGUGCUACAAGGAACGAGUAAUGGACACACAGCUGAGCGUGGAGGCCAGUGUGGGCAUCGGGCUGGGAAUCGGCACGCUGUGCGGCCUAGUCACCAUGCUGGUGCGCAGCGUGGGGCUCUUCAUGGUGGGCCUGCUGCUAGGCUUGCUGGUGGCUCUGGCCUCCCUGGUGGUGCUGGAGGAAUUCUACCACCCGCACACGGUGUGGCUGCCCCUGGGUGUGCUGCUCGGUUCUGGCAUGCUAUUCGCCGUGCUCACGCUGCAGUGGCAGCGCUGCUUCACCACCCUCUCCACGGCUGUGUUUGGUUCAGCCAUCGUCACAGUCACUGUGGAUUAUUUCGUGGAGCUGUUUGCGCUCACGCGUUACAUCUAUGAAAGGGUGAAGGUGGCUCCGGCUCAGCCCGUAUGCUGGUACACGUGGGUGGUGAUGGGCGUGUGGCCUGUGCUCGCCCUGCUGGGGGUCCUCAUUCAGUGGAAGGUGACUGCAGAUGGAUAUUCGCACACCGAAGUGUUCAUCAGUCAUCAGCAGAGGCGGCUGCAGCUGAUGAAGAUUCGUCAGAAAGAGGAGAGAAGGGAGAGCAGGAAAAAGAAGAAGAAACAACAACAGAAACCUCAGCGGCAACAGCAGCAGCAGCAGAAGCAGAAGUACCACCAUCCUCCCCAGUCUAACCAUCACGCCACGAACCCCCCUGCAAAAACCCAGCAUCAAGAACCCACAUACCGCAGGAAACCCAACCCCACACGCCGCUAUGAUGGAGACGUACUCUCGCCGAGCUAUAUUCAGCAUUUCCGGGACAGACACGUGGACAGACGAGGCUACUCUCAUGGCAGAUUGGUUAGCAGUUCUCAUACAGUGGAUAUAGACUAUGACUGCGGCUCUCAGGUCCCCCUGACCGCCCAUACAGGACCUGCAGUGAGAGUGUGAUCCUGCCCCCUUGUGUUCAGUGGCGGUGUUCCAACCAGGCCUGCUCCUGUGCAGUCCUCAGGUCAGAGUCUGAAAGGAGAAGAAUCAUUUAUAUUGGGGACCCACAUGCCAUGGCUCUGCUCUGUUGUGUAAUAAGUGAUGCCCUGGGGAGGAAUGUUUUUCGCCAACAGCCUUAUUCAUCAGGGCUCUGACUGGAAAUAGUUUCUCUCUGUCUAGAUUGAAAUUGUGUGCUGCUGAGAGUGCGUGUGUGUUUGUGUGUGUGUGGUGUGUGUUUGGCCCUCCAAGGCUCCCCAGGCCAUUAUUUGACUCUAUGCUGUCCCUUGGCAAGCAGAAUGGGCUCAUUACUAUGUCAGCCAUUUUUACAGAGGGGACAUUAUGCAGACUGAGCAUUGGACCAAAUGCGGCAUGGCUCUGAAGCCUUCCCAUCCACGUAAAUCAUACGUGUUUACGUAAAGACAGCGUGUUUCACGGCAGCAGACUUUAUAGCUCUUCCAUGCGGGAGAGAAAAAUGACCAGUUAUGGUGAUGCACUCUAUUCACGAAACGUUGUUUACAGUACAAAUGAGGCUGUACCUUUUACG